CGACGAGGUGCGGGAAAUUUUAUUGCUGGUGUUAUACGUGAAUUUUUUUCAGAUAUUGUCGCCCUUAAGAAAGAUUUUAAAGAAAGUUUGCAAUGUCUGUGUGCAGCGUAGUGCAAGAUGCGCCGUUAGAUUUGAGUUGUCGCAAUCCCGAAAGAAAAACGAAUUUGUUAAAUUCCUCGAAAUUUCAAAGAUGUUUACCUUGUCAAACGUGUGGCAAAAAUUUCGACAGACCUUCCUUGCUCAAAAGGCAUUUACGUACCCAUACAGGUGAAAAGCCACAUGGUUGCGCCGUCUGUGGAAAAAUGUUCAGUACAAGUAGCUCCUUGAAUACACAUGUCAGAAUACACACUGGAGAACGGCCACACGAAUGUCCAAUGUGCGGAAAGCGUUUCACUGCUUCGUCAAAUUUGUAUUAUCAUCGAAUGACACAUUAUAAGGAAAAACCGCAUAAAUGCAACGAAUGCGGACGUUCUUUUCCAACGCCUGGUGAUUUAAGAGCUCACGGUUAUUCUCACAGUGGUAACUGGCCGAUGCGAUGCUCAGUCUGCAAUCGAGGAUUCUGUAAACCUGGAGCUCUACAUCAUCACAUGCAAGUGCACACUGGAAACAGGCCGCAUCGUUGUAACAUAUGCAAGAAACAAUUUGCCAUGAUAAAUAAUUUACGAUCGCACGAGCAGUCUCACGAUCUCGAUCUGCCAAUUCGAAAUACCACCGCUGAUUCUUCGAACGCGGAAAACGAAAUAUCGAUUAAUGCGUUUACUUUUGAAGAAGUAAACAGGAACCAUUUACAACUUUCCGCGAUUUAUUCUUGGACUUCUUGGAUACCUUUUCAUUAUCCCAAGUAAUUAAAAUAAUCGAAGUGUACGAUACGUCGAACACAUAGUAUAAAUAUAGACUGUAAGCAAAUCUUAUCUGUGUAAUAAAUCAAACGAGCACAUCUUCGUAUGCCCGAAAUUAGAUCGUCACCGAUUAUUAUUAUCGUUAUUAAUUUCGAUUCUCCAUCAACGUAACGUUUAUCUUUUAAUAAGCUGGCUCUACGAUAAUUAUAAUCAGACUACGAAUUUUUAUGCGUUCAUGAGAAAUUUCAGGCUGCAAAAG